CAUGCUCAGUUGUAUCGCGCCUGUGUGGAGGACUGCGGAGCUAGCUAGCUAGCACACAGACGACCAGAUAAGCUAAUCAUGGUGAAUGUAAAGAAGCGGAAAGGUCGAGUCGUUAUCGACUCUGACUCUGAAGACAGCGCUAGUGAUGAUAAUUUAGAUCAGGAGCUUCUGUCUCUGGCCACCAAGAGGAAGAGGGUGGACUCGGAUGACCAGCAGGAUAACCAGCAGGAUGACCAGCCAGUCAGCAAGCCAGCAGCCUCGUCAGACUCCGAGACAUCAGACAGUGACGAUGAGUGGACCGCCGGUGGUCCUAAAGUCAAAAAGAAGGUCAAGCCAGGGAAACCGACGGCAACAGAAAAGAAGAAAGAGGCAGCGAAGAAGAGGGUUCAUAAAGCAGCAUCGUCUGGAAGUUCUGGCGGAGACAGUUCUGCCGACAGCUCUGCCCCAGAGGAGGGUGAGGUGUCUGACUCCGAGAGCAACAGCUCUGCCUCCAGCUCAGACUCCUCGUCCGAGGACGAUGUGUUCAGGGACGGCUACGGAGAGGACCUGAUGGGGGACGAGGAGGACAGGGCUCGGCUGGAGCAGAUGACGGAGAAGGAGAGGGAGCAGGAGCUCUUUAACAGGAUAGAGAAGAGGGAGGUGCUCAAGAGGAGAUUUGAAAUUAAAAAGAAACUGAAGACGGCGAAGAAGAAGGAGAAAGAGGAAAAGAAAAAGAAACAUGAGGAAGAACAGAAGAAGAAAAGAGAGAGAGCGUCCGGCGCUCAUCAUGAAGACAGGACACAUCAGGACCAGCAAGUGGUUAUGUCUCACAACAAGGAGAGGAGGACUAAACGGGAUGAGAAGCUGGAUAAGAAGUCUCAGGCCAUGGAGGAACUGAAAGCAGAGCGGGAGAAGAAGAAGACCAGGACGGCCGAGCUCCUGGCCAAACGCCAGCCCCUGAAGACCAGCGAGGUGUACUCCGACGAUGAGGAGGAAGAGGAGGAGGAGGAGGACGACGACAAAUCCUCAGUAAAGAGCGAUCGCAGUUCACGCUCUUCAUCUUAUUCCGAAGACGAGGAGAAAGAGGAGACGCCACCAAAGUCUCAGCCCGUGUCACUGCCAGACGAGCUGAACCGUGUCCGUCUGUCCCGACACAAGCUGGAGCGCUGGUGCCACAUGCCCUUCUUCCAGAAGACCGUGAGCGGCUGCUUCGUACGGAUUGGCAUUGGGAACAGUAGUAGCAAACCGGUUUACAGGGUGGCUGAAAUAGUUGACGUGGUAGAGACGGCUAAAGUCUACCAGUUGGGGACGACCCGGACCAACAAAGGACUACAGUUACGGCAUGGUGGUGACACCCGAGUCUUCAGACUGGAGUUUGUGUCCAAUCAGGAGUUCACAGAAAACGAGUUCAUGAAGUGGAAGGAGGCGAUGAUCAUAGCCAGUAUGCAGGUUCCCACUCUAGAUGAGAUCAAUAAGAAGGAACAGGCCAUCAAAGAGGCUUGCAACUAUAAAUUCAACGACAAAGACAUCGAGGAUAUCGUAAAAGAGAAAGACAGAUUCCGAAAGGCGCCUUCCAACUACGCCAUGAAGAAAACUUCACUACUCAAAGAUAAGGCCAUGGCAGAGGAGAGUGGUGAAGGAGACCGAGCCAAAGAGAUCCAGGACCAACUGAACGAGCUGGAGGAGAGGGCAGAGCAUCUGGACCGGCAGAGGACCAAAAACAUCUCUGCCAUCAGCUACAUCAACCAGAGGAAUCGUAGCUGGAACAUUGUGGAAUCUGAGAAGGCUCUAGUCGCUGAGGGACAGAAUGCCAAGCUGCAGAUGGACCCGUUCACUAGACGGCAGUGCAAACCUACCAUGGUGUCUAACGCCAGAGACCCUUCAGUCCAUGCAGCUAUCCUCCAACACCUCAAUGAGAAGUACGGAGAAGGGUCGGGCAAAGAGAUGGACUUGGAGUUUGAGAUGGGCAGGGGAGCAGGACAGGCUGCUCUGAAAGUCAUUGACCCUACUAAGAACACCAGCGACCUCUCAGAGGACCUAUUUAAAGUGCACGAUUUUGACGUCAAGAUCGACCUACAGGUUCCCAAUGCAGAAGCCAAGUCUCUGUCAGUAAGCGCUAACACCCUGGCAGUGAAGGACGGUGCUCCGCGCAGGUCUCUCAACCUGGAGGACUACAAGAAGAGGAGGGGCUUGAUCUGAAGAACUACGGGAAGAGGAGGGGCUUGGUCUAAAGAACUACAGGAAGAGGAGGGGCUUGGUCUAACGAUCUGAUAGCCUAAGCCCUCAGUCAGUCAGAACCACCUGCAUGUGUUGGUUGGCCAUUCUACCCCUGUGUACGUGUGUGUGUGUCUGAGAGGUGUGUGUGUGUGAGUGAGAGAGAGGUGUGAGUGUGUACACUAGAGACUGUCCAUCUUAAAACUGAGAGGAAAUAUUAAGAGAAGACAACUUUUUUUUCUCAAAGGUUCUCUCUUAGAAGAAAGUUGUCCACCUUUACUUUUUUUAGCGUUAUUAUGUGCAAAGUCAUAUUUGGAAUUGUUUGUUUUUUUCUUAGUUAUUUCUACGUUUUUAUAAAUAAAUCUAUCAUUGGUUCUCCCUCAUACGGAUCUGAAGUUCACUCCUUUGGUGUCCAGGGCACAGUGCUUGAAAAAGGACACUGUCUUUGUAAGACUUAGAUUGUUGAAAUACUUUUGAGUUUAUUGGACUGCGAACUGAUUCUGAUUUCCCCGUCAACGACACAGACUGGAUUUGAGGGCAGUUCCACCUGCACGGUUCACUAGAGGUGAAGUUGCCUCUAGACGCUGAUCUGGGGUCAACCACUAAUGGUUGAGGUUCGGAUUGGGGUAGGAGAAACUGGUCCUGGUUCUGUAGCAUCUUAGGCUGCAGGGCCCUUUAUCUGCUUCCUGGACAGUACAUGUGACUUUUUUCCAAGUCUAUGAAAAUAAACGGAUUAAUGUAUCUAUUUACAUGGAUCACUGAGUAUUUUUUUUUUCCAUUUAUUUUAAUCUCAAGUUUUUUGUUUGUUGUUGCUACCAUUACCUCUCAUUUUCAGAGCAGAUUCUAAGUGUUAUGGAUUGUGUACUUAGUCAGUUCCUGUAUUGUGGCAUGCAAUGUAAAUAAUACAAUUUGGAGUGAGUGCGUCAGAAUAAAGAGGCACUGUUUCGUA